AACACAUGUAAUCCUCAAUCUCGUGUUGAUUGUUUUUCUUUUAUUAUGGUUAAUUGUAAUUAGAUUUGUUGAUUAAUGGAACUUUUUUUUACUCUAUUUAGGUUGAUUAAGUGAUUCUCUAUUUGGUGAUCAGUUGAAAAUGAUCAUUUCACGGUUUAGAAAUUUAAUUUCUCCUUUUAAUUGUAGUCACAUUUACCGGGUUUCGAAAAGGUUUGCAAGUAAUCCACGUUUUCAAGAAUGGAAAAAUGUUGAAGAUAUUCGCAAUAUCGGUAUUUCGGCUCAUAUUGAUUCUGGGAAAACAACGUUAACUGAAAGGUUAUUGUUUUAUUCUGGUAAAAUUGAUGAGAUGCAUGAGGUUAAAGGAAAGGAUAAAGUUGGUGCUGUUAUGGAUAGUAUGGAAUUGGAAAGAGAAAGAGGAAUUACCAUCCAAUCAGCUGCUACUUAUGUUCUAUGGAAGGGAAAAAAUAUCAAUAUUAUUGAUACUCCAGGGCAUGUUGACUUUACGGUUGAAGUUGAAAGAGCUUUAAGAGUUCUUGAUGGGGCAGUUCUGGUUCUUUGUGGUGUUGGUGGUGUUCAGGCUCAAACAUUUACAGUAACACGACAAAUGGCUCGUUACAAUAUUCCAACAAUCAGUUUUAUCAAUAAAUUAGAUCGUAGAGGAGCUGAUCCAUUUAGAGUAUUAAAACAAGUUCGAGAGAAACUUAAUUUUACAGCAGCUUUGACACAUAUUCCUAUUGGAAUUGAAGAUAAUUUAAAAGGAAUCAUUGAUCUGAUAGAGGAGAAAGCAAUUUACUUUGAUGGGCCAAAUGGGGAAAAGGUUCGAUAUGAUGAAGUGCCAAAAGAAAUGAGAAGCGAAACUAAUGAUCGAAGGCAAGAAUUGGUGGAAAAUGUAUCGAAUGUAGAUGAUUUAUUAGGAGAAAUGUUCUUAGAGGAUAAAACGCCAACGAAUCAAGAUAUUAAGGCUGCAAUCAGAAGGAAUGUAAUUGCAAGGAAAUUUGUUCCAGUCAUUGUUGGUUCAGCGUUAAAAAAUAGAGGAGUUCAGCCUCUCAUGGAUUCUGUUAUUGAAUAUCUACCGAAUCCUUCUGAAGUUCCCAAUUAUGCUUUUAGAGAAAAGGCUGACGGCAGUGAACCUGAUAAAGUUUUAUUGAAUCCCGCUCGUGAAAAAGGUCAUCCCUUUGUUGGUUUAGCGUUUAAAAUGGAACAGACAAAAUUUGGCCAAUUGACUUACAUUCGAACUUAUCAAGGAAACGUUGGCAAGGGUGACAUCAUUUUUAAUGUUCGAACAGGUCGUAAGAUUAAAAUACCUCGAUUGGCUCGAAUGCAUUCAAAUAACAUGGAAGAUAUUGAGGAAAGUUUCGCUGGUGACAUUUGUGCCUUUUUCGGUGUUGAAUGUGCUUCUGGUGACACUUUUGUCACUGAUCCUAGUCUAAAAUUAUCAAUGGAAUCGAUUCAUGUUCCAGAUCCUGUUGUUUCAAUGGCCGUUAAAGUAAAAGACAAGAAUCGAGUUCAAAAUUUUACCAAAGGUAUUACUCGAUUUGUUAAAGAAGAUCCAACCUUUCAUUAUGUUUGGGAUGUUGAUUCAAAGGAGAUGAUCAUCUCUGGAAUGGGUGAACUUCAUUUAGAAAUUUAUGGCCAACGAAUGGCCAAUGAAUACGAUUGUCCAGUUGAAUUGGGUAAACCAAAGGUUGCCUUUAGAGAAACAUUAAUUGCUCCAUGUAAAUUUGACUAUUUCCAUAGAAAACAGUCUGGAGGUGCUGGUCAGUUUGGACGAGUUGUCGGUAUUCUGGAGCCAAUGGGUUCACCACGGAACACUGAGCUCAUCUUUUCACCCGAAAUCGUUGGUAACAAUAUACCAAAGCAAUUUUUAGCCUCCAUUGAAAGAGGUUUCCGAAUGAUGUGUGAAAAAGGUCAUCUAACGGGAAACAAAAUUCGUGGGGUCAGAUUUCGUUUAAAAGAUGGACAAAGUCACAGUGUCGAUUCCAAUGAUAUCGCUUUUGCCUGUGCCGCUGUUGGAGCAAUUAAACAAACUCAAACACUCGGUAAAUGGCAUCUAAUUGAACCAAUCAUGAAAAUCGAAGUGACCGUUCCUUAUGAAGAUAGUGGGUCAGUUAUCGCUGCAAUUUGUAAACGAUUUGGUGUCAUUACCAACACCGAGGAAUCAUCUGGAUACAUGGCAAUUUCAGCUGAAGCUCCUCUUAGUGACAUGUUCGGAUUUACCACCGAGUUAAGAACCUUAUCCCAGGGAAAAGGGGAAUUCACCAUGGAAUAUUCUAAAUAUGCUCCAGUUCGAGGUGAUGUUCAACAAAAGUUAAUGUCUCAAUAUAACGAUAGUGAACCCGAUUCGCACUUGGAAAGAAAUAUUAUAUUAUAAUAGAAAUUUUUAUUAUUAGAGAAUAAGUUUCAUUUAAUUUGUCUUUGUAACUUGAAGAGAUUGAUUAAAUUAAUUGUUCUCUUUUGUUUUUUCCAUUAA